AGGUUGUGAUCGAGUGUGUGUUUCGGUGAGUUCAGAGAAAGUUGCAGCUCUGCAGGUUCGGAUCCGAGUGUGUGAAGAGUCAUGGAGAACGUGACAGGAGCCCAGCUGGUGGCGGAGUCUCUGAAAGCUCAGAAGGUGGAGUUCAUGUUCGGGAUCGUCGGGGUUCCUAUCAUCGAGGUGGCCAUGGCUGCUCAGGCUGCAGGGAUCAGAUAUGUGGGGAUGCGCAACGAACAAGCGGCCUGCUACGCUGCCUCCGCCAUUGGCUACCUGACAGGCAGACCUGGAGCCUGCCUGGUGGUGUCUGGACCUGGACUCAUCCAUGCACUGGGUGGAAUGGCCAAUGCCAACGUGAACUGCUGGCCUGUGGUCGUCAUUGGAGGCUCCUCAGACAGAAGCCAGGAGACAGCAGGAGCCUUUCAGGAGUUUCCUCAGGUGGAAGCCUGUCGCCUCUAUAGCAAGUUCUCUGCCAGACCCAGCACUCUAGAAGCUAUCCCCUCAGUCAUAGAGAAGGCAGUCCGCACGAGCAUGUACGGGCGUCCAGGGGCUUGUUACGUGGACAUCGCGGGGGAUAUGGUCAAUGCUCAAGUGGAAAGGAGCAAAGUCAGAGUUGUACCCUGUUGCCCUCCUCCCCCGGUGAGUUUGGCUGACCACGGUGCGAUCGCUGAGGCCUUUUCUGUCCUGAAAGCAGCUAAAAGACCCUUAGUCAUCAUAGGCAAAGGAGCAGCUUAUGGUCGGGCAGAACUUGCUCUGAAGGAGUUUGUGGAGACGAGUGGUUUGCCGUUCCUGCCCACCCCCAUGGGGAAGGGGGUGCUGCCCGAUGAUCACCCCAACUGUGUGGCUGCUGCCCGCUCCAGAGCUCUCCUCAAGGCGGAUGUUGUUCUCCUGCUCGGAGCCAGACUCAACUGGAUGCUCCAUUUUGGUCUGCCACCCAGAUUUGACCCCGACGUCAAAGUCAUCCAGGUUGACCUCUGUGCGGAGGAGAUGGGGAACAACGUGAGUCCGGCUGUUGCUCUCCUGGGAGACGUCAACGCUAUCGUCACUCAGCUCCUGACUUGUGUCCGUAGUGAUGUUUGGAAGUAUCCCUCCGACGCAGAGUGGUGGGGCACUCUGAAGGAGAAAAUUGCUGCUAAUGCAAAAAUCUCCAAGGCUCUCGCUCUGACGUCCACAUUACCCAUGAACUACUACACAGUGUUUCACCAAGUCGCCCAGCUGCUGCCGCACGACUGCGUGAUUGUCAGCGAGGGAGCGAACACCAUGGACAUAGGACGCACGAUGUUGAACAACUACCUCCCUCGACACAGGUUGGAUGCAGGCACCUUCGGGACAAUGGGGGUGGGCCUUGGUUUCGCGAUAGCCGCAGCUGCUCUGGAGAGGAGUGAGGGCAAAGGCCAAAGGAUCGUGUGUGUGGAAGGAGACAGUGCCUUUGGAUUUUCAGGCAUGGAGGUUGAAACCAUGUGCAGGUACAACCUACCUGUGGUCAUUAUUGUGGUUAACAAUAACGGAAUAUACAGCGGCGUGGAUCCGGACACGUGGAAAGAGAUGGCAAAAACGGGAGAUCUGACUUCUAUAGCCCCUCCUGUGACCCUCCUGCCCGAGGCUCGCUACGAUGAGAUCAUGACGGCGUUUGGAGGUCGAGGCUUCCUGGUGAGGACGGUGGAGGAGCUGCACGCUGCCUUGGAGCUGAGCUUGAGUGACUGGGAGAGGCCGAGUCUCCUCAACGUGCUGAUCGACCCCUCCUCCGACAGGAAGCAGCAGGAUUUUCCAUGGCUCACACGGUCGAACUUAUAGACGUGAAGAGAUCUUCUGCCUCCUCCUUCGUCCAGAUCAUCAGAACAGCAGUGAUCGUUUUCCAGAUAUAAAGUGGGAAAAUAUACGGCUGUUUUUGUUUUUCUAAUUGUUUCCAUGAAAUGACUAUUUAAUCUAAUAACACAGUUGUGUUAAAUUUUACUAAAUAAUUCCACAAUAAAAACUUUACACAAU